AUGAGUUACCAGAACUUGGAGGACAACAGCCAAGGGGGCUACGGCCAAUACAACCCUUACGGUGCUCAGCAGAACCCCUACGGGGCCCAGUCCCAGCAGCAACAAUCCCAGCAGAGCUACGGCUAUGGCGGCGGCUACGGCCAGGCCGGUGCCAUGGAGCAGGGCAAUGGCGGUUAUGAAAUGGGCAACAUGCAACAAGUCCCCGAUAAGAAUGCGCUUUUGACCCGCAUCAACGAGCUGAAGCAGGGAAUCGAGGAUGUCAAGAGGAAGCGUACUACCCAGCUCCGCGCUGCCCAGACUGCUCUCCUGGAGUCGAACACCAGCAAGGAAGACCAGGUGACGCGCCAGAAUGUCGACUACAUCGAAGACGAGAUCAACACUGCUCUCCGCUACCUGCGCGAUCAAUUGAAGCGCAUCGCCGACACCCCUGGCUGCGGCUCUUCCGGCCCCGCUGAGCACUACACAAUCGCCAAGAAGAGCUUGCAGGAUGAGAUUACGGCUUACCAGGGCGAUCAGUCCAACUUCCACAAGCGUCUGGAGGAGCAAGUGCGUCGUCGGUACCAGAUGGCCAACCCCGAGGCUACCCCGGAUCAGUUGGAGGCUGGUGUUCAGGCUGUGAUGCAGGGACAGGAGCAGGCAUUUAUGACCCCCGGAACUCGUUCUCGUCAGGCCAACGAUGCCCGCCAGGCUACUCUCGCCCGUUCCGCUGCUAUCCGGAAGAUCGAGAAGGAUAUGGCCGAUCUGGCUCAGCUGUUCACUGAUGUCCAGGAACUUGUGAUCCAGCAGGAGCCUGCCGUCACUCAGAUCCAGCAGGGCGCCGAGGAGACCCACCGCAAUGUCCAGCAGGCCAACACCAAGCUGGACAGUGCUAUUACCAGCGCCCGCAAUGCCCGCCGCUGGAAGUGGUAUGCGCUGAUCAUCGUCAUCAUCAUCAUUGCUAUCGUCGUCGGUGUCGCAGUCGGUGUUACCGAGGCCAACAAGAGCACCAAAUAA